CGAGUACGCUCACCUUUGUCGCGAUCGCGAUUGCAAUCGCGAUCGCGCGAUCCCGGAUUAUCUAAUCUCGCUCGCUCGUAUCUUUCUCUCUUCGCGCAGGAACGUCCCGGCAACCGCUUCCAGACGAGCGCGCUGACGUCGCUGGACCGCCUGCCGGACAGGACGACGUGGAUCCAGAUCACGGGGCUGCGUAUCGACCGGCUGCCCGCGUACGCGUUCUUCCGCUUCGGCAACAGCCUGCGCAGCUUGGAAUUGCACGAUUGCGCGAUCGGCACGAUCGAGCCGGGCGCGUUCGCCGGUCUGCAUCAGCUGCAACGGCUCGCGCUCGUCGGCAACCGGCUGCCCGCGGUCGCCGCCCAUUGGUUCGGCGAUCUCGUCGCGCUCCGCCAAUUGGUGCUCGCGCGCAACGGCAUCGAGCGCGUCGAGCUCGGCGCGCUGAGCCCGCUCGCCGGCAGCCUGCGCCAUCUGGACGUGCGGCACAAUCGGCUGCGUUGCCUGCCGUUGGAGGAGCUGGCGCACCUGCGCCACCUCGAGCGCCUCGAGAUCGUCGGUAACCCAUUGUCUUGCGACUGCCGCGGGAAUCUGCAGAGAUACCUGACCGACCGCAACGUGGGAUUCGAGAUUACCGGUCGCUGCUACGAGGAGAACGAGGUUGUCGAACCGAUCGACGUGUGGCAGCACCCGGAUACCUCGGUUACCGGCCACGUGUAUUGGACCACUUUCGACGACACUCUGAGCCAGAGAAACAUCACCGUGAUAAAGCCGAUCGUUGAAACUCCCACGGAGAGACCGCCGCCUCGCACGGGUACUUGCGUGCGAGACAGAACCCAAAUGUCGCGACAGGUUUACACCUGCAGCGGCAUCACCUCGAUGGACGAGCUGAACGUUUUACCUCGCUCGGUCCACGCGAUUCGCAUCGUCCUCUCGAACCUGAAGACGAUCUCAACGCGAGCGUUCGCCCGCUUCGACGGCUGGUUGUCCAGGCUAGAAUUACGCGACUCCGGUAUAGAGACGAUCGAGUAUCGCGCCUUCAUCGACUUGUACAACUUGGAGCACCUGUCGCUGCACAGCAAUCACCUGAAAACGGUCACGUCCGAGGCGUUGGAGGGCCUGACGAAUCUACGGCACCUGGACCUCUCGCGCAAUCACAUCUCCCGGAUCCCCAACGAGGUGUUCGACGUGGUGCCGCAGCUGUACAGCCUCGACGUGUCCGAGAACUACAUGAACUGCCUCGGCGUGGAACACAUGGCGCGCAAAAUGCCGCAUCUCUAUUCGCUCAAGGUGUCGGGCAAUCCGUGGAGUUGCCUCUGCGGUACCAAGCUGGCCAGCUUCCUUGACUCCCGCAGAAUACCGUACCAUCGCGAGUCCUUGUUUGACGUGAAUGACGACUGUUACGUCACCGGAUUUCCGGCGACACCGCCCACCACGGUGGUGACUAUCCCGUGGACCACCACGACCGAGCCACCCUCGAUCGGCCUCUACAACGAAACGCUCGAGGGUUCCUGCGUCCGAAUUCCCGAGUCCACGGAACCGCGGUAUCGUUGCGUGGGUGGUAAUCUGCUGAUGCUGAAAAACGUGCCACGCGACGCUGUUUACAUCGAAUUCUACGAGGGUCAUUUGCCCGUUCUUCCGACCGGUGCUCUCUAUAACUUUCGAAAGUUGCAGGAGCUGAUCAUCAGGAACUGCGGCCUGAGGACGAUUUCGCCCGGCGCUUUCAAGGGUCUGGAUUCCCUGGAACGGCUCACCGUCCGGGGUAACCCGCUGACGUCAAUCGAAGCGAACUGCUUCAACAUAGAACGUCUCGAGCGGCUGGAUCUGCGCGGUAACUCGAUCCGCUACAUCGCACCCGGCGCAUUCCGUCACCUGCGCAGGCUGGUCUACCUGAAUCUCGAGGGCAACGAUCUGCAGUGCAUCUUUACGAGCGAUUUUCAGGACAUGCCGAAUUUGCACAUCGUCGAGUUCGCCGGCAACCCCCUCAAGUGGCGAUGCCGCAUGGACCUGGAGCAGUUCCUCGAGACGCGAAAGAUCAAGUUCGUCAAGGUGGAGAACUCGUGCGAGGGCAAGAAGAUCAUGAGAAACCUGCUCUAUGAGAAUCGAACCGUCGAGGUGGAAUGUCCGCCCGGCUGCUCGACGGCGAGCAACGUCGAGCUGAGAAAGAACCCGAUGUUGUUUGUGGCAUUUGUAUUGUUCUUCGCGAUACAUUAGUCAUUCGGUAAAUAAGAGUAAAAAUUAGAGUCAAUUUACUCAAAGAUUUCGUCUUAUCGAUAGACGAGAUAGUUUUUGAGGGUUGUCCGUCAAUGGAUCGAAAAUUACGUUCGGAUAUUAAACAAUGAUACGUCGGUAAAGUAUACAGAUGAGAGUGAUUUUGGUAAUCAACGGAGUUCUGAGAGUGAAGAUAUUUUUGCAGUAGGCGAGGAUAGAUUUGGUAUUGUUAAUGUUGUCAUUCAAUGUGUUCAUACCGUGAAAAAGCGCUUAUAAACUAAUAAAUACGUAUAUUUAUUUUUGCGAA